AUGGCUUGCAAGGACCUGUACCCACCGAAAACCAGCGUGGCCGUCCCACAGCCCAUCGCCGACAGCUGCAACGAGCUGUGCGCCCGGCAGUGCCCCGACUCCACAGCCUUCAUCCAGCCACCCCCCGUGGUGGUCACCUUCCCUGGCCCCAUCCUCAGCUCCUUCCCCCAGCAAGCCGUGGUGGGCUCCUCUGGAGCACCCGCCUUCGGGGGCAACCUGGGGCUGGGGGGCCUCUAUG